UUCAGUUAACUAACCAGAAACACUGAGACACAGAGGACCGAGACGAGUUCUUCCAUUGGAAUCGAUGAAGGGAUUCCCCUGUUUCAGUUUUUCUUCCAGCCCAAAUUUCCGAAGACUCGUCCUUUCCACCUUAAACAAUCGAACCCAUUUCGUUUUCGAUUCACGGUACCUCCAUUCCUUCCGCCCGCCGGAACGGAAGUCUCCGGCGAGCAAACAGCGCUCCAAGAACUCGCCAAAUCAAAAGCAGAGAGCAACAGAGGACCCACCACAGACAUACAUGAGGGAUAGGAUCUCCGACAUUUACCGGAUCCUCAAGUACUCGACCUGGGACUCUGCCCAGGGCCAGCUCUCCUCGCUGCCCAUCAAAUGGGACUCCUUCACUGUCGCCCAGGUCCUCAAGACUCAUCCCCCGAUGCAGAAAGCAUGGCUCUUCUUCAACUGGGUGGCCCAGGUCAAGGGCUUCAAGCACGACCAGUUCACCUUCACCACGAUGCUCGACAUAUUCGGGGAGGCGGGCCGGGUCUCCUCGAUGCAGCACGUGUUCCGGCUCAUGAGGGAGAAGGGAUUGAAGGUCGACACCGUGACUUACACCUGCUUGAUGCAGUGGGUGUCGAGGUGGCAGGGCGCCGAUGAGGCGGCUCGGGUUUGGGAGGAGAUGAAGGGGAGAGGGUGCCGCCCGACCGUCGUGUCGUACACGGCUUACUUGAAGAUACUGUUCGAACAUGGGAGGGUUGAGGAGGCCAGUGCGGUUUUUCGAGAGAUGAUUGAGUCGGGUUGUGCCCCAAAUUGUCAUACGUACACUGUCCUGAUGGAGUACCUCGUCGGUUGCAGUAAAUAUAAAGAAGCCCUCGACAUAUUUGAGAAGAUGCAAGACGCAGGAUUUCCACCUGAUAAAGCAACCUGCAACAUCUUGGUCGAGAAGUGCUGCAAAGCACGGGAGACACAAACAAUGCUCAAGAUUCUUCAAUACAUGAAAGAAAACCGACUUGUCCUUCGCCACCCAGUAUUCCUCGAAGCCUUAGAAACUCUCCGGAAUGAGGGUCAAAGUGAUGACCUUUUGAGGCAAGUGAACCCUCAGUUUUCAGACGAAUUCAAUGUAGGCCAAGAGGACUCUGAUGUUUCCUGCACGACCGAUAGAGCAGUUCUGUUGAUCCUGUUGAAGAAGCAAAGUCUUGUUCCACUGGACUUUCUUCUCAUCGCAAUUGGAAAUGAAAAUAUACGACUCGACGGGACGAUCGUUUCAAUCAUCAUCGAGGUGAAUUGCUCCCGGGACAGACUUGAGGGUGCACUGUUGGCCUUUCAGUAUGCCAUAAAGUUAGGCUUGAUCUUGGACAAGAGCGCUUACCUUGCCUUGUCGGGCUCUUUAAUUAGGAGGGAUGAAUUCGAAAAGGCAGUUGAUGUCUUUAAAGAAAUGAAUUGGGUCGGACAUUUCCCUGGUCCUUAUCUUGCUGCCCUCUUAAUAUAUAGAUUAGGGAACGCUAGGAGACCGACAUUAGCUGCGAUGGUUUUCAGUUUACUUCCCAAUAACCUCAUAGAUGUAGCCACUUAUACUUCUCUUAUGUCAGUUUAUUUCAAUGUGGGCGCUCCCGAGAAGGCAAUGAAACUUUACGAAGAGAUGAGGGGUAAAGGAAUUCACCCUUCGUUAGGGACCUAUGAUCUGCUGGUGGCUGGUCUUGAGAAGAGUGGGAAAGUAUCAGAAGCUGGAACUUACAGAAAGGAAAAGAAGAGGUGGUUGUUUGGGAACGUUUCGGAAAGUUCCAUCUCCUUGGAGGAAAGGAUAUGUGACCUUCUGUUUGCCCGGGAUGCUGCUGUCUCGCUCGUUGGUGCUUCCUGAGCAUAUUCCCAGUUCCUGAACUGUAUAUUCGUCUCUUCUUUUAUAUCGGAAGAAGACCAGACAUGCUCCUGCAUCUAGAGGAGCAAAGGGAAAUGGGUGGAUACCAAAUUUGAAAGAGGGAGUCGGCAGUUCCUUAAAAGGUACCGUCCUUAGCUGCUCUAAUUUGCUGUACAGUUCUUAAAUUAGUAUGAGGAAAAGAUAUAGCAGAUGACUCUCACGAACAUGGUGUCUGCUUAGAUUCUACAUUUGACCGAUCAUGUCGUGUCACUGACUCACCAACCAUAAACCGGAGCAACAGUGGCGGAAAGUAACAAAGCAUAAGGCAGUUGUCCCGCUUAAUUGUGGAAAGUGGUCGCCAUUGCUCCUGAAGCGGUUGAAGAAUAAGAGAAGGAAUCUCUGUUGUCUGUCGAUGCCAAAGCAGAACAAAAUUGCGGGAUAUUUUAUGGCAGUUAUCUAAGAUUCUCUCAGAUAUCAUAUUAUUUCUUAUCUUUAUCAUUA